CACAAUAAUACACACAAAUUCACUCUCAUGUCUCGUUCCCUCCCAUUCUUCUUCUUCCUCCUCCUCGUCCUCGCCGCCUCCGCCCACGGCGACUCCGACACCGACUCGCCGUCGGAGAAGCCGAACCUGAGGUCUCGCUCUCUGAUCUCAGCGAAGCUAUGGUGCCUGAUACUGGUGUUCGCGGCGACAUUCGCCGGCGGAAUGUCGCCGUAUUUCAUGAAAUGGAACGAGGGUUUUCUGAUAAUGGGGACGCAAUUCGCCGCCGGCGUCUUCCUCGGCACCGCCCUGAUGCAUUUCCUCAGCGAUUCCAACGAGACUUUCGCCGAAUUGACGGAGACAGAGUACCCCUUCGCAUUCAUGCUCGCCUGCGCCGGCUACUUGAUGACCAUGGCCGCCGAUUGCGUCGUUUCUCAUCUCUACGCCAAGAAAUCAGCUCAUGCCUCCGACCUCGAGCUUCAAGCAAAUCCUAGCAACAACAAUAGUUUGUCUUUGGAUACAAAGCCACAGGACAAUGGCUCUAGAGAAGCCCAAGCUUCAUUCACAAGGGCUACUUCGCUAGGCGACAGCGUGCUGCUCAUAGCCGCGCUGUGCUUCCACUCUGUCUUCGAAGGGAUAGCAAUCGGAGUGGCAGAGACGAAAGCAGACGCUUGGCGAGCUCUGUGGACGGUCUGCCUGCACAAAAUAUUUGCUGCAGUCGCGAUGGGGAUAGCGCUCCUGAGGAUGAUGCCCGAGAGGCCCCUCCUGUCCUCUGCCACGUACGCCUUUGCGUUCGCGAUCUCAACCCCGAUUGGCGUGGCCAUCGGCAUUGUGAUAGACUCGACCACGCAGGGCCAGGUGGCGGACUGGAUAUUCGCGAUAUCGAUGGGGCUGGCCUGUGGUGUGUUCAUCUAUGUGUCCAUAAAUCAUCUGCUCUCCAAGGGGUAUAAGCCUCUCAACAAGGUGGCUGUUGACACUCCACAUUAUAGGUUUUUAGCUGUCUUGUUUGGUGUUGGAGUGAUUGCUGUUGUGAUGAUUUGGGAUACUUAGAUACAUCACUCUAGUUCCCACUUUAGGUUUCAACCUUUGUAGAUUCAUUUUAUUUUUCUUUUUAUUUGAUGAUGGGUGGCAAUAGCAUAAAAGCCGCUACUAAGAUGCGCAGUUGUAAACUGGUUGUCACAUUAGCGCGUAAUUCGCCAAGAAAAGGAAAGGCUGAGAUAAUUGAAAAGUUUCA